CCAACCUUGACCCCGGCCCAAACCCUAGACUUCCUUCCUUUCUUUUUGUCAUGCCACGAAAUACGCCUCAUAGUACAACUAAUUACAGCAGCCAGCAACUCGAAAAGUAGGAGAGACAACUGAGAAUACAAUUUCACCUGCAAAUUCCUUCCAACUUCCAAAUGAGGCUGUUAACUCACAAUAUGUUAUCAUCAAACAUCAAGGGAGUCGUAAAUGGAUUCCCGUUAAAGAUCGAGGUUGUGAAAGUGGUGGAGAAAGAGGUUGAUUUUAAUAUCGACUUUCUCAAGAACAUGUUCCAUAAGGUUGAAUGGAAGGCACUGGCAGAAGCUUCUAGAACCAUGGGUUACACUGAGCUGCCUGAAAAUGUUGAUGCAGCUAUGCUGGACUCUGAUGAUUUUCUACAUAGGUUUCAUCAUGCUCUUCUUGAACUUCAUCUUGAAGAAGGUGCUUUGGUUUGUCCUGAGACUGGCAGGAAAUUUCCUGUCCAAAAGGGGAUUCCUAAUAUGCUCCUUCAUGAAGAUGAGGUUUGAUUAGUUUUUUUUUUUUUUUUUUUUUUUUUGUGGUUUGUGUUUUGCUUUGGUAAUUGUUUAAGGGGUUCGUUUGAAACGACUUAUGGUUCAACAAUUUGAUUGUAAUGUGAUUGUUGGGAGACAUUGUUGAUAUUAUUAUGGAGUCAUCAUCAGAAUUCCUUAGUUCACUA